AUGCCAUUUCUAGGGCCCAGAAGAAAUGAGCUAAGGGAAAAUAUUAACUUUAUUGUCAAAGUGAUCUUACCUGUUAUUCUUGUUAUCGCUAUUACCCCAUACAUUGUAAAUCCUUCCAAUAUGGAAUCGUUUAAACGAAAUUUUAAUAUAAUACUAGUACUGAAAUCCCUAUGUGAAGAUCAACCAGAGCUAUGUGGCUUGUCAUUAGAUCAGGAUAUCAAUGAUUCGUUUAUUUUGAAGUCUGAUUUGAAAGAUUUCAUAUACGUUAGACCCUUUUUCUUUGAUAGCAUUGAUAAAUUUUUCGUUAAAUACUUUGGAAGGUUUUGGUUAAAGAAAAUCUUGGUUGAUACCAGUGAUGAAAAUUUUGAAGAGUCAGCCUAUUUAUUAAUUGGAUUUUUCAACUUUUCGGUUUUCAGUUCUAUAAGAUCACUUAUAAUCGCAAGACUACAAUUUUAUUUUCUAAUACAAAUAUUAGUACAUUUUGGUGAUAAAUGGGCUCUCCUAAUUGAAAAUAUUUGGAAUGAUUUAAAGAGUUCUGUGGACGUUUUUUAG